CCAGGAAGUGAAAAAAAGGCGUCAAGUAAGGAGGAACAAGGGAAACACGUCCUCCUCACAUCUGUCCCUUUCCCUCAUUAAUGCGUUAAUCACAUUAAUGUUUUAGAUUGUCGUGGAACGCAGCUGUAUGAUGUCCACUAGAGCCCGAAACCGAGAGAUCUGCGCGGACUGCAGCGCGCCCGAUUCUCGUUGGGCCUCGAUCAAUCGUGGAGUUCUGAUAUGUGACGAAUGCUGCAGUAUUCACCGAGGCCUGGGCCGCCACAGUUCUCAGGUCCGACACCUGACCCACACUCCGUGGCCCUCCUCACAGCUCCAGAUGGUGAAGUCCCUGUACAAUAAUGGAGCAAAUUCAAUCUGGGAACACAGUCUUCUGGAUCCAUCUUCUAUCAUGAGUGGAAAACGCAAAGCCAAUCCUCAAGACAGAGUCCACCCCAAUAAAACAGAUUUCAUAAAGGCUAAAUAUCAAAUGCUGGCGUUUGUUCAUCGAAUGCCGUGCCGUGAAGAUGACAGUGUUAACGCCAAAGACCUCAGCAAGCAACUUCACUCUAGCGUUCGAACCGGCAAUUUGGAAACUUGUCUGAGGCUGUUGUCGCUGGGAGCGCAGGCUAACUUUUUCCAUCCUGAGAAAGGAAAUACUCCAUUACAUGUGGCUGCUAAAGUAGGCCAGCUGCUCCAGGUGGAGCUGCUCACUGUGUAUGGAGCAGAUCCCGGAGCACUGGACAGUUCUGGGAUAACUCCUGUUGACUACGCCAGGCAGGCAGGACACCAGGAACUUGCAGACAGACUGGUGGAGAUCCAGUUUGAGCUGACAGACAGACUAGCGUUCUAUCUGUGUGGAAGAAAGCCAGAUCAUAAAAAUAGUCAACACUUUAUAAUUCCUCAGAUAGCAGACAGCAGUCUUGACUUGUCAGAACUGGCCAAAGCGGCAAAGAAAAAGCUUCAAUCGCUCAGUAAUCAUCAGUUUGAAGAACUAGCCAUGGAUGUUUAUGAUGAAGUUGACAGAAGAGAAACAGAUGCAGUCUGGCUUGCGACUCAGAACCACAGCACCUUAGUAACGGACACCACAGUAGUACCAUUCCUUCCUGUCAACCCGGAAUAUUCGUCCACUAGGAAUCAGGGACGUCAGAAGCUCGCAAGGUUCAAUGCACAUGAGUUUGCGACUUUGGUUAUUGAUAUUUUAAUUGAUGCCAAGCGACGUCAGCAAGGAAAUUCUCCUGAUAAUUUCAAUGAUAAUGUGGAAUUAAUUCUGAAGGACAUUGGGAACCGUCAUGGCAGUGAAAGUCCAGAGAUGGAUCAGCCUGAUUAUGACAGUGUGGCAUCUGAUGAAGAUACGGAGCAAGAACCAACAUCUGGAAAAGAAGAGCGGACCAAGAGCUCAGAGUCUUCAGACUUGUCAGACUGCCCCAUCACUGUGCAGGAGUUCAUGGAAGUGAAAAGUGCCCUCACUGCCUCCGAAGCAAAGAUCCAACAGCUCCUUAAGGUCAACUGCCAUCUUAGUGAGGAGUUGAGACUCAUGCAGAGCAAGUUGAACUCCCUCCAGAAUGAGAACAGCACUCUGAAGUGGCAGACUCCUAACAGUUUGGCAAGGCCGCAGGACCUCCCGCACAGGCCAUCUCCGCAUGGCUGUAGGGCCAUGUCGAUGUAUGAGACCGGCUCGGGUCUGAGGCAGUACCACCCUAGAGGAGAAACAGUCUUCCCUGACACAACCCUAACUCUUCAACCACUGCCGUCAAAUAUUGGGAAGGGUCCCUCAGCGACUGCAUUCUCCUCCCUUCCCACGUUCCCCUCAACUCUGUCCUGGUCCUGGGAUGAGAUAACCCAAAGGGGCUCCACAUUAGACGCCCAGAGCGGCAAGCCAGAAAGUGACUAUAACAAUGCACUGAACCACAAUGAGAUGAACGAAUCUGGGUCAAUACAGAAUUACUUUCCCAGGAUGAGCGGCUGGCCGAGCGAUGGUACAGUACCACAAUCAGAAAACCCAUCUGAGGGUGAGUGCGACUCGUCUCUACCAUGCACAGAGGACGUCAUCAGCAAAACGGAGCUGAUCACAAAGAACAUCCAGGAAUUACUCAGAGCUGCUCAAGAGAAUAAACACGAGAGUUUUGUCCCGUGUUCAGAGAGAAUUCUUGUAGCAGUAACAGAGAUGGCUACGUUAUUCCCUAAGAGGCCAUCCUCUGAGUCCGUCCGUGGGUCUUUGCGCCUCUUGACCUCCAGUGCCAGCCGUCUGCAGGGCGAAUGUCAAAAGGCCACCCCACACAACUCCCAGCAGGUUAUUCAGUGUGCCUAUGACAUUGCCAAGGCGGCUAAACAGCUAGUUACUGUGACUACCAAAGACAGUAACUGAGUUACAGUACAAGUGAGCGCCUUUCCUGUUCGAUGUUUCACCAUGUAUUUGCUAUUAUACUGUCCAGUAUUAUUGAUGAUAAACACAGCACAGUUUGAUUUGUAUUAAUAAAAUAAUGAAUUGUUUUUUUUAACUUUAUACAUACAUACACGAACAUACCUUUUGGGGCACUAAGCCUUGAUAAUCAGUGCCCUGUUUUUUGUCCUAGCUUAAUGGUGCCAUUUUUAAAUGUAAACUAAUAUUUGUUUCGCUUCCCAUGGUGCUAAUUCACUGAUUUAUGUCAAGUGUGUAUUGCUCCUGUUUGUGGAUAAACAGAACAAGGCCUUUUCUCAUUUAAUUCCUGCACAUUUCAAAUAUACCACAUACAAAGUUGAAGUGAGACAAAACCAUAUAUAGCUGUUAUUGCUGAAAUUCAGCUGGUGUGCUACAGUAAGUGUUUCUUUGUCUUGAAAACCAGCUCACUCAACAUGUGACCAGGAUGUAGAUGUCAGGACACACAAUGCCUCAUUUCUUGUGCAAUAAAUAACUUAAGCCUCGCUGCAAAAUCCUAACUUGCCUGUCCUGGUGUUGCCAUUGUAUUAAGUAUUCAGAGUGUAUACUCUUAUUAUGGAGUGCUUUAGUUAAUGAGCUGUUAUACCUCAUGUGUGUGUGUGUGUUUUACUCGUUUCCUAACACGAUCCAGUCCAAAUGUACUACUCCUUAGUUUCUGUGCCCUUUGCAGUUUAAUCCUAGGCAUGUUUGAGAAGGUAUUCAUUCAUCCAGUUCAUCAGAGAAUGAGAGUAUAUUCAUAGACAACUGCAAAAUGAAAUACUGUAUCUAUGAAUUCACUGCGCCUGAUGUUUUAGAGAUGCUCUUGUGUUAAUUUGCUUGUCUAAAGUAUGUUUUUAUCUGUUGCCUUGUCUGAAAUAAUAGAAAUAACAACAGCCACCAGUGUGGUAUCGCUGGUAUUAUUCAGUACAUGUAUUAUAUUUAUAUACAAGUUAUAUAUAUAAGCUGCUAGUUGUCAGUCAUGUAUGCCAUUAAUCUGGUGUGAGUUUGUCAGAUUUCCUGCUCUAAUAUCUGCUGGAUAUGUACACAUACACUAACCUGCUCAGUUCAGAAGGUCACGUUGGCCUUCAUGUGGGAUAUGCAUCAUGCAGCUGAUGCUGCUUCAAUGUCAGUCUUGUUACUAAUUAUAAUAAAUUUGAACUGUACUCAAGUUAAAA